AUGCUGCGGACCCUGCGGCGCUUCUUCUUUGCCAGGGUAGGCGCUCGUAAAAACGACUCGCCCGAAGUGCUGAACUACAUCGACGCGGGCCUGCGCGUCACCGCGGCCAUCCGAGCGCUGGAAAAGGCGCGCGGCCAAUUCUACCCUAGCAUCCACGGAUUUGGCGAUGGCCUGAUCUCCUACACUCACUACUUUUGCACCCCGGAGUGUCUGAAAGACGUCCACGCCAAGAAGCUGAUCCUCUGCAACGAGAUCAAGACCUUCAUCGACAACUACGGCCAUGUGCCGCGCCGCGAGCUCUCCAUGGACAUGUUCAGCCACUGCGCCAAAAUCUUACGUGAAGCGGAAUCUGGGUUUUACUUUCUGGAGCUUCACUGGAGCGGCCUGGCGCUCACCUACAUCAACGCCUACCGCUCCGGGCGCAUCUACGAGGAGCCGUUGAGGGUCUACUCCUCCCAAUGCUUGGGAGAUCGCGCCUGCAGAUAUAAUGCCCUGCGACCUCCACUGCAUGUGCUUUCUUUCGGCUUGUUGAUGUCUACUGAU